UUAUUUGAGAGAAGGAAGAAGCGAUGAUGCCUUUGCCAACACCCAAUUUAAUGAAGCCUCCAUUGUUCUGAUUUCCAUAUCUCUACUCUUCGUCUCUCUCAUCUCUUUUUCUUUGCAUUUUCCUUGAAGUUGCAGAGACUCUAUUCUUCUCUUCUCUCUCUGAAUUAGGUUCUUUCCUGAUCGGGGUGAUCGAUCACUGAUAGACUGUCAGAUAUGCCUUAAUUGAGCAUAGUUAUAAACCUCUUUGAAUUAAUAUUAUCAAGGUGGGAUUGAGAAGCCACUUCAGAUAUAAAUUGGAGGACUUUAUUUUGAUUCAUUGACUGGUAAGGCAUCAAGAAGGGGUAUACAGUGGCAGAAUCUGAAGGCAUGCCUGUAUCAGGAAACGAGGAGACUGCUGUCAAAUCCCUUGGAGGGCAGUCUGGUCUUAAUAUUGCAGGUGUUCCUAUGAAGAAAAGGAGGUUCAUUUGGCCUCCUUCACCUACCUUUGAAGAACAAUCUUCACUACCUGUAGAAAAUGAUUCUUUAAAGAAAGAACACGUUAGCCCAUCUCGGGAUUCUGAACUUGUAAAUGCUAGUGUCUCAGCAAGUUCUUCUGUCUUAUCUGAUUCAAACAAGAAAUUUGCCCCUGAAGAAAAUAAGAAACCUUGUGACAGUAAUUUGUCAAAAAAUAGUAUUAACAACUCAAGAGACAGAAUUGAAGAACCAAGCACGGAUCAGUCUGAUUCUUUGGCUAAGCUUGAUGAUGAUGAUGAGAAGCUUGGGACAGCAGAAAAAUCGGCUAACAUCCUGACUGGAAUUAAACCUCUUGGUGGAGUUCCUAUGAAGAAAAGGAGGUUCAUUUGUCCUCCUUCACCUGCACCUGAAGUUCAAUCUUUAGCUGUUUUGGAAUAUGAUUCUGUACUGAAAGAGCAUGGUAGAUUGCCUCAAGUGCCAGCUCUUUCAAGUGAUAGUGUUGCAGGAAGUUCUUGCUUAUCUGAUGAAAACAAGAAUUUUUUUCCUGAGGCUAAUAACAUGGUUCCUGUAAGUAUUGUACAGGCCAAUACUAUAAAUCUCUCAAGAGUUAAAAUUGAAGAACUACAUACAAUUCAGUCAGAAUCUCUGGCCAAGCUUGACAAUGCGGGGAAGCUUGUGGCAGCAGAAAAAUCUGCGACUGUCCUGGUAAAAUAUGAACAAACUGAGUUGAAUUCAUCACCAAAUAAAGCCCCUGCACUUUAUUUUGAUAAAGAAAUAGUUGAGCAGCAAAUAGCAGAAGGAAAGUGCAAAGCUAAAUAUACUGUUUCCGGGAAUCCUGAAUUGGCAUUAGGUUUGAAGGAUCAUCAUGUGUGUGCUUUGGAGGACCAAAUUCAUGAUGCUAAGAGUUGUAAUCACCACAAUGUAGAAACUGUUUCGUUGAAUUUGUCUUUAAGCAACGGUGAAAGGACUGCCCAUUGCAAAAUAGAUGAUGUGCAGUCAAAUAUUGACAGUGCUAAUAUCUGUGCUAACAGAUCUAAUUGGGAUUUGAACACUACAAUGGAUACUUGGGAAGGUUCUGUGGGUGAUGUAGCUGUAGGUCAAGUGACAGCUGAUGGGUCACGCAUGGUUGGUGUCACACAUCAUAUAGAGCCCUUGACAACAGGAACGGUUGGAACAGGGGUUGCUACUGAAAUUCAAAUUGUUGAGAGUGAGUGCAUGUCUAGUUCUUCUAAAAUAUCUUCACAAUCAGGCCAACUAUAUAAUUCUGAUGAUUCUCUUCAUUUGCGCCUUAGUCCAUCAUUUCUUUCUUUUAAGAAUCAGGAACCUUCUAUAUCGUCUGCUAACAUAGACUCCCAGGCUGGUAUUAGUAUUAGCUCCCCAAGAGGAUUGUUGUCAGCAGGCAACACAGUUAUUUCUAAAACCAUAAAAUCUGAACCAUUGGAUGAUAACCUCAAAAAUGACUCUGGCAGAACUAAAGUGAAUCUGGCAGUACCAUUAGAUUUUAGAGCAGUGUUAGUGAAGAGCGAAUUAGUUGAGAAGUUUGCUCAAGAAGCGCACAAGGCAUUAAAUUUUAGCACUGUGAAACCAGUUGAUGCUAAAUCUAUGAAAUCUGAACCAUUUUAUGAUGUUGAUUUAGAAACACGAAAGACAAUGGAAGGGACAUCACACCAAGAGUGUGAAAGUGCUGGACAGCUUGCUCCAGAAAUAGGUUCUGAGCAUGUGAGUCAUAGUGGUGAUGCAAUUAAUGGUUCCGCUACAGUGGAUGUUGCAGGUCCUGAGAAGAAAAAUAUAAAUGACUUUGACCAAUGCAAAUUAAAAGCCAUGGAUGAACUUCCCUCUGAUGCACACCGGAAUGGUGAGGGUACUGCAAGUGAUGAGGAAAAGAUUAAUUUGUCAGGUGAUAUGCUAGAAGAAGACUCUUAUGGCACUGAAUACGAGUCUGAUGGCAAUUCUGUGCCCAUGGAUAUAGAAGACGAUGGUCAAGGACUGGAUGACUAUGAAGAUGGUGAGUUCAGGGAAGCACAACUGCGCUGUGUAGUGGAGAGUCCUAUAAGUGAGAAAAGAGAUGACAUCAGUCAUGGUGAUUCUGACAGUAAAAUGUUGGAUUCUACAGAGCUACAUCCAGAUGUUCAUCCUACUCCAUCCUCUGUUGAGGGAAAGGGAAUUAAUGCAGAACAACCUGUUGAAAUCAAUAAAGAUAGUGUUGAAGAAUGUAUUGAUACAAUCCUUGAUGGGAAACCCACCAAUGAUGUGGAUAAAGAUGCUUCUAGAGAAGAAUCAUCAGCAGUUGAGAUCUCGGCUAGUGGAGCUGAUAAAAAGAAGGUAGUCAAGACUGUGCGUAGAAAACCACUUGAUUUAUCAGCAAAUAACGAUGCCACGAAGGGUCUUGGAACUGAACAAUCUCCAGAUCAAGGUACUAGUGAAGGUCAAGGAACUUCGGUGGCUGUUGCUCAAGGUACAGUUGAGAAAGUGAACACAAAUGAUGUGGAAAAAAAUGAUUCAGCAAUACCCAAGCUGGAAACAUCUAUAAAUGCUGAUGGUGCAACUAAGGAUGUUAGCAGUGGAGCUAAUCAGAGUAGGAUUAUAAACCUGUCUAUAGCUUCUGGCAUGUCUUCUGGUAAGACAAAAUGUAUAUCCGGCAAGCCAUUGCCAUUGCACCUUGGAAGAGAAAGAUUGCCUGAUGUACCUCUAGAUCCUAGAGGGAGGGAUGAAAGUUAUGAGGGUUCACGCAAGUUUGCAAGAGAAAGGUAUCAAGAUCAGUCAUCUAGAAAUUCUAGAUGGAAUUGUGUUCAUGGAAGAGGGAGGCUUGCUAGUAGGAUUGAUUCUAUGUGCAGUGAUAGAGAUUCUGAGCACUAUUGCAUUCCCAGACAUAAAUAUGCAUCUGCUGUUGCUGGGUCCGAUUCUGAAUUCAUGAAUUAUAAUAUAGGACCGGAUGGUGCAUUUGUUGGUUCUCUUCGGGGAGGGAGAAAGGUAAUGGAAGAUGAUGCAUCAAUUUUCCGUCAUCUAUCUUCAAGGGGGCACUCUCCUGGAGGGAGAGAUGGACCUGCCUCACGUGGAUUUCAGAUGGUCCGAAGAGUGCCAAGAAGAAGCAUCGGGGAAGAUGAUUCUGAAGUUGUUGGACUAAGGCAUGCUGAGAAGAUUAUUAGGGGAUUCCCUGAUGAUGGCGAAGAACAUGCAUAUACACGUCCUCAACCUCCCUAUGAGGGAUUAGAUGGUCGCUUUGUACAAGGGACUAGGAACUUUUCUUCUGUUCAGAGAAGGGGUCUUCAUCAAAUGCAUUCAAAAUCUCCAGUUAGAUCUCGUUCUCCUGGUCCAUGGUCAUCUUCUAGAAGAAGGUCUCCAGAUGGGUUUGGUGGCCCCCUAGAAUUGCCUCACCGAAGAUCACCAAUUUACAGGAUGGAGAGGAUAAGGUCACCUGAUGGCCCAGGUUUUCCUGCAGAGAGGGUGCCUAGAAGGCGUGGUUCCCCAUCAUAUAUGUCCCGACCUAAUGAUAUGAGGGAAGUGGAUCCUUGUCGGGAUCAUGGUCAUCCAAGAUCUAUAAUCUCUAAUAGGAGUCCAACUGGCCGGGUUUUUCUCAGGAACAGGAGAUUUGGUGUUGCUGAUCCUAGACAAAGGCCAGAGAAUGAUGAGUUUUUUGAGGGGCCCAUGCAUCCUGGCCGUUUUCAUGAGCUUGGAGGCAGUGGAAAUGAUGAAGAGAGAAGGUUUGGUGAAAGGCGGGCACCUGUUCGUUCAUUUAGGGCUCCAUUUAAUGGUGCUGAUGGUGAAAAUUUUCCUGUCAAUACAGAGGAUGGCCCGAGGUCCUUUCGGUUCUUCCCUGAAAGUGAUUCAGAUUUCCAUGAGCGAGCUAAUUUGAGGGAAAGCGAAUUUGACAGACGGAUCAAGCACCAUCCAGGAAAUGCACCUCGAAGACCAAGAAACAUUGAAGAAGAAGGAAAUUACCGGCAUGGAGGGCAGGUGUUGUAUGACGAUAGUUUUGAUGAGAUGUCACGAUUGAAGAGGAAAAGAUUUUGACUAGAUUAAUUUACAUCUGCAGCAAGCUAGAUCCUGGAUUACUUGGUGAAUAUGAGGAAGCAGAAGGAAGAAUUAAUUCUGAUUUACAGCUGGGUGUUGAAAUAGCAAGUUGCUGUUCUAUUUAUAGUUCUCAGCUUUUCUGUGAGUACGAUGUGGAUGCUAGCUUGAUUUAAGACCAGUUACUUGCAACACUGGAUGGUUAAUCUGUCUUGUACAUACCAUGGAUCUUCUCGUAACUUCUCCACCAGUUUCUCAUUUGCUAAUUCUUGAUGUUAGCAGCACUUUAGCAAAUGUUUCAUUUGAGCAAGUUUUGUACUGUCAUAAUUGUGGUGGCACUUAAUAUAUUUGAAGGGUCAUUUUGGGGGAAAUAAUUCUUCAUAUUUUCUGUGGGGACCCUCAAGCUUCUCAAAGAAUCUUUACCUCUAUGUGCUGAUUAUUGUGCCUAGUUGGCCAGAUCAGGUAUGCAACUAGGAACAAUUUGAACUUUGAACUAAUUUUCAAGCCACCAAUGGGGCUUUAUUAAAUUCAGAGAUUAGCCUAUUCUUUGCUUUCAUUCGAUUCUUCACAAACCUUUGUGAUGUUGAACAAGCAUGCAUACUUUAAAUCAACCAAUUUGUGAGGUCAGCUGAUACAGUUUUAGCAGUGAUGCUGAAGGGGGAGAAGUUUUAUUAAUCGCUAUUCUUUUUCCCCUCCUGUAAAGUGCAUUAAUUGACACAAGAAAUAUGCAAGUCCGUCCUGCUUGUUAGCACUAGAGCACUUAACUGUUAGGUUCUGAUGAUGGCUGGUGGACUGAGGACCCAAUUUUGGUGUUAGCAGUUAAGAUGCUGGCAAUUUUGCUUGUGAAAAGGUCUAUGCUUUUUUUUGAGGAUGCAUAUGUGUCUUGUAGUAUGCUUUCUUAGCUGUGACAUUUGUCAUUCUUUAGUAAAUGAAACAUGUCAUUGGCUAUUUUUGUGAUUGCAUCUCAGGUUGACUGUUUCUGCAAUUUCUAGAUCAGGCGCACAUUUGCAAAGUAUUGAGCUUUGUCUUGGCAUCUUGGCGUCUUUUCUUACAGGCAUUAAUCUUAAGGGGAAAUAGACUCUGAAAAUAUUAGCCUCUCUUCAUAGUAGUGCUUUUGAUUCUUUCCUGUAGCUGUACCCUGUUUGCCUUCUACUGCAUUGGUGGAACAAAGAAAAGGUUGAUUUAUUAGGCAUGUGUCAAGCACAAGAAUUUAUCAAGUACCGUGGGUUAAAAGGUAAAGCUUCCUACAGUUAGAUGUAGAUCAGUUAGUGUUGCUUGUAGAUUAGCGACAGUUUGGAUCGCCUGCUUUUUGCCUUUUAAUCCCAUUUAUCAUAAAAUCAUCAUCAUAAUACUCUCUUUCCUUCUGUAGCGUGGUACUUUCUGUAACUUUUGCAGAUGAAGUCGUAUUAGGAAGUGGAAAAUAAGAAUUGGCAUGGCCAUAUCCAAUGGAUUAUGUCACAUGAUUUUGUACAGUUUUGAGAUUUAUAAUAUAUGGGAGCAUGUUAUCUUUGGCGUCUUUCC